AUGGCUCAAGGAUCAAGGAUCAGAGUCAUUCUCCUUACGACAAAGGGUUUACCCGUGUACACAUGUGGCUUCUUCUGUACUGGAACCUGCUCAUGCAAAGCAUCUCUUUUUAAGUAUGGUUCAAUUUCUACAAGAGGGGAAUGCUAUUUACCUUCUGAGCUUUUUACAAUGAUGAGUGUUGAUGCAGGCGGACUUCCAUACAAUUUUUCAGCUUUUAUAAAAGUCCAGAAAGCAAGAUCAACUCCUUCGUAUAAAAAGCAACUUGCAGAAGUUCUAGGUUCCACAAUCGGAAGUUUUGUGUUGCUUCUUCUUUUGGUAGUAGGUAUUGCUAAGUUCAUACUCCAUGAGAAAAGAAUGAACAGUGAAAUAGAAAAAGAGUAUUUAGAUCAAGUUCCAGGAAUGCCCACUAGAUUUUCUUAUCAAGAAUUGAAAGCAGCCAUGGAGAAUUUUAGUAAAAAGCUUGGUGAAAGGGGGAUUUGGAUCAGUUUUCGAAGGAACUCUAGAAGAUGGCUCGAGGAUUGUAGUAAAAUGUCUUGA